UCAGGAAAAGUGCAUGUUUAUACAAAAUGUGCACCUCUUUCUCUGCAUCAGAGUAUUCACAACAGAGAGAAACUCUAUGAAUGUGACAAAUGUGGGAAGGCUUUUACUCAUCAUACAGACCUUAUAGUACAUCAGAAAUUUCAUACUAGUGGGAAAUUCUAUGAAUGUCAACAAUGUGGAAAAGCUUUUAGUUGUGCAUCCAACCUUCUGCAGCAUCAGAAAAUUCAUACUGGUGAAAAACCCUAUAAAUGUGAAGCAUGUGGAAUGACCUUUAGUCGUAGUAUGGACCUUAGGGUUCAUCAAAGAAUUCAUACAGGUGAGAAGCCCUAUGAAUGUAAAGAGUGUGGGAAGGCCUUUAGUCGUGCCUCUUACCUAACUCAGCAUCGAAGAGUUCAUACUGGUGAGAAAUCCUAUGUGUGCCAUGAAUGUGGGAAGGCGUUUAGUCAACGUGGAGGACUUAAAAUCCACCAGAGAAUUCAUACUGGGGAGAAGCCCUAUGAAUGUAAGGAAUGUGGAAAAGCUUUUAGUCAAGCCUCUUACCUUAUGCAACAUGACAGAAUUCAUACUGGAGAACGACCCUAUGAGUGCCAUGAAUGCGGGAUGACCUUUAGUCGUGUUAUAGAUCUUAGAGUACAUCAUAGAAUUCAUACUGGUGAGAAACCCUAUAAAUGUAAAGAAUGCGGGAAGGCUUUUAGUCGUGCUUCAAAUCUUGUUCAACAUGAGAGAAUUCACACUGGGGAGAAGCCCUAUGAGUGUAAAGAAUGUGGGAUGACCUUUAGUCACGUCUAUCAGCUCAUUCCACAUCAGAGAACGCAUACUGGUGUGAAACCCUAUGAAUGUAACGAGUGUGGGAAGGCAUUUAGUCAUGCCUCAGUACUUAUUCAUCAUGAGAAAAUUCACACUGGUGAGAAACCCUAUAAAUGUAAAGAAUGUGGGAAGGCCUUUAUUCAUGAUGGGAGCUUUAGGAUUCACCAGAGAAGUCAUACAGGUGAGAAACCCUAUGAAUGUAAAGAAUGUGGAAAGGCCUUUAGUUAUAUCUUAAGCCUUGUUAGACAUCAACGCAUUCAUACUUGUGAGAAGCCCUAUGAAUGUAAGGUUUGUUUUAGGGCCUUCACGCAUGUUGAAAGUCUUAGGGUGCAUCAUAGACUUCAUACUGGUGAGAAACCCUAUGAAUGUAAAGACUGUGGGAAGGCUUUUAGGAGUCGCCAGCCAUCAACUGAUUAUCAUCAUAGACUUCAUACAGGUGAGAAACCUUAUGAAUGUAAGGAAUGUGGGAAGGCCUUUAGCGUGUAUGGACGACUUACUCUACAUCAGAGUAUUCACAGUGGUGAGAGGCCUUUUGAAUGUGACAGGUGUGGUAAGUACUUUAGGCAUAAUUCAAGUCUUAAAGUACACUGGAGAAUUCAUAGUCGAGAGAAACUUUAAGAAUGUAAGGGCUGUGGAAAGGCAUAUGUACAGUAUAUUUAUUACAUUGAGAAACAAUUAGGAAA